CAGCUCUCAACCAUCCAAUCCCCAAUUCUACUUCCCAAAUAUCAACACCAUCGCCCACAUCUGCCAACUCACGUCUUCCACCACUUCUUACAUCUCAAUACCCAUACCCAACCCACCCUCCAACACCCAAAUCCACAACAUCUUUCAAAAUGCCACCAAAGGCCGCCGAGAAGAAGCCAACUGCCAGCAAGGCACCAGCAAAGGCACCAGUCGCUGAGAAGAAGGAAGCUGGCAAGAAGACCGCCGCCACUGGCGAGAAGAAGAAGCGCACCAAGACCCGCAAGGAGACCUACUCCUCAUACAUCUACAAAGGUACGGAUUUCCUCAUCUGCCAGCUUUUUGGUCGCCUCAUUCACGAUCGCGUCUUCCGUCUGGAGUACCAGCUCAUUUGGACCUCAUCUUCAAUGGCAUCCCAAAUCGCGCUCUUUUUGCACAUUUGCUAAUUAUCCAUUCUCUAGUCUUGAAGCAAGUUCACCCAGACACUGGUAUCUCCAACCGUGCCAUGUCUAUCCUCAACUCCUUCGUCAAUGGUAUGCAUUUCCCACACAGGCUUUCCGCACGUUCCAUGUUCUAACAAGCUUUGUAGAUAUCUUUGAGCGUGUUGCCACUGAGGCCUCCAAGUUAGCUGCAUACAACAAGAAAUCCACCAUCUCAUCGCGAGAGAUCCAGACCUCGUAUGUUACCGCGCCUUCCACAUCGUGCUCACAUUUACUAACUGCUCCUCCAGUGUCCGACUCAUCCUCCCUGGUGAACUUGCCAAGCACGCUGUCUCAGAAGGUACCAAGGCUGUUACCAAGUACUCUUCCUCCACGAAAUAGGUGUACUUUUUUCUUCCGUUUUUAUCAGGAUGUCCGAUCUGCGAUAGCUUUGGUUCGUCGAACAUGGAUGACAAGGUAUCAGCUCUAGCGGGGUUUGGGUCCUUGGGGUUCUUUUUUAAUGCGUUAUGGAUGGUCUGCUUUUUUUUACGGGGGCAAAUGUCUUCACGGUCUGCUUUCGGGGUAUGCGGCUGUACAAUAAAGUCUUCAGAAUAGGGAAUCAGAAGACAAACAAUUGAAACAUGAACAUCAUAGUUCUGUUCUCUUCA